AUGGAUAUCAAUGGUCCAAUAGAGCCAUCCAUCUCUAAUGGACAUAGGUUCAUUUUAGUUGCCAUCGAUUACUUCACCAAGUGGGUGGAAGCAGCCUCGUAUAAAUCAGUUACGAAGAAGGUAGUAGCAGAAUUCAUCCGUAAUAAUUUAAUAUGUAGAUUUGGAAUACCGAAUUCCAUCAUCACUGAUAAUGGAGCAAAUCUCAAUAGUCAUUUAAUGAAGGAGAUAUAUGAGCAAUUCAAGAUUAAUCACCAAAACUCAAUCGCAUAUCGUCCUCAAAUAAAUGGAGCCGUAGAAGCUGCCAAUAAGAACAUCAAAACGAUCAUAAGGAAAAUGAUUGAUAAUCAUAGAGGUUGGCAUGAGAUGUUACCAUAUGCUUUGUUAGGUUACCGAACGACUAUCAGAACAUCAAUUGGAUCAACCCCAUACUUGCUAGUAUAUUGGACGGAAGCUGUAAUCCCCGCCGAAGUGGAAAUACCUUCGUUGAGAAUCAUUCAAGAGGCUAAGUUGAGUAACGCUGAUUGGGUUCGUAAUCGAAUUGAAUAUUUGGCUUUGAUUGAUGAAAAGAGAAUAACCGCCGUUUGCCAUGGUCAAUUGUAA